AUGAACGAAAAGGAUGAGGGAAAUGAAGGCAAAUCACCAUCAAGUGUGAGUGUCUGGAGGAUCGAGGAGCCCAAGGAUCUGGCAAAUGCGAUACAACUGCAGAAAACUCUCUAUGCCAUUCGACUUAAUGGACGGAUCGUAUGUGAAGCGGAAUCUUGUGGUGACGUCCAAGUGGUGUUGGUGAACCGUGAAGGCGAGGAGAGCAUUUGCUCGAGCAUCGACACAGAUUUGGUGGCUGUGCUGGAUAGCUACACCAUUCAGUGUCACAGUGGUGUUAUCACCUCGGAUGCGGUGGCAGUUAAACUGGUCCCCUCGGCAAAAGUAUCUGCGGUCCCCAGACUGCAAAUUACCGAUGGUUAUGCACGCUUCAUCCUCACCAACAAUAAACAGUCGCGCAGCCUCUCCGCUCUGCCCAGUCCUUCCAAGGAAUUCUUCGCCUUCACAAAAUCGGAGGGGGUUCCAAAAUUGACUGAUUCGACGAUAUCCGUCAGUGGGAAUGGUGACGCCUUCCUCCAAUCAGUUGAACCACCUGUGAAUCCUGCUUCAAAUCCUCAGUCCGAUUCAAUCAAUUCAAGUAAUGCUACUUUAAUUCAAUCAAGGAAUUCCCUAAAAUCAGAAGUUCGUCCUCAAAAGGCAGAUCAUGCAUUUGUUUCAUUGAAUCCCCUUCAAAACGACGCAGAAGUGUUGCCUCAAGAGGUAAAAUAUGAAUCAGAAACGGCAAAGACAAACGCAACGGCUUUGUCGGAGGCGAAUCUUCUAAAUGCCGGCAGUGGCUCCUUAUCAAUCGCCAACUUGGUGAUUAGCAUUGUCAUUAUCUCUGUCGUCGUCGUCGUCGCUAUUGCUGGUGCAGUUUGUUUCGCCGACUUCCGCGUCACUCACACCGUCCAUGCAGCCAUUACUGAUGCUACCGCUCACCAUAGUGAUGGGACAGGACUGCCAAAGUGCCUUUUCGCCAAUGCAGUCGUGCCCCCACCGUCACAAACCGUUCCGCGAGUCAAAAAGCCAUCGAGAUGA